UACGAGGAUGUGAUUCAUCUUUCGAUCACAUUUUAAUCCUUUUUCAGGGCAUAUAGUCUUUGCCACUGGCCCUUCCCCCCCUUGGACUGCGGCCCAAACAGCAGGCGGUCCAGCAGUAGAAAGAAGAAGAAGAAUCCUUUUUCGGUUCCAUUUUAUACGAGUUAAGUUGUGAUUAAUGCAAUUAAAGAUUGUAACCUUUUGCAACGUAUAAAAGGUCAAUUAGGGAUCGAAUCCGCUUUUCCAAUCGUGUCUGGAUGUGGACCGACCUGAGCACAAGUUGAACUUCAAAGUUGCUCCGGGGAAAGGGGUUAAAAAAGAAAAUCAGUACUGUUACAUAAUAUAAAAAUGUAUCGGUUCAUGACAACUUUACUGAUCCUGUUCUCUAAUCGGGGAGCAUUUUACGGAAGCGAGGGCGCUGAUCUUCCGGUCAGCAAUCUACCAAUCUAUAGCGAUGGCAUUUACUUUGAAAACUUGAAACCGGUCAAGAUUAAGGAGAGCACCUGGACCCUGCAGACGAACUAUGAGCUAUCGGAGUUUGUGGCAGAGCUAGAACUAGCCGACAAAAGUGUGGGCAAACUUUUGCAAGCUUGCAAGGAAUUGCAGAAGAAGUUCCCGGACAGCUGCCAAAGUUUGGGGAACAUAAUCGAUUUGACUAAUGAGUUGAACGAUUUCAAAAGUCUGCUCCAAGAACUGUGCCAGCAACCGCAGGAGAGCAAGGGACGCACCAAGAGGGGCAUUUGGAAAUCUUGGUUCGGUCUAAUGGAUAGCGGAGAUCGCGAUGAAAUUAAGGAGAAUUUCGAACGUGUAGAUCAUCAAAUGGCGACCCAAUCAUCGACGGUGCAACAUUUUUUCAACAGUACAAACGAAGCGCUGGCUGUGCUAAGCGGAAACCUUUUUAAGAUUGACCCAAAGAAACCGAGCACCAUUGACUAUACCCGUGAGGGUCAGCUGUUGAUGAUGGAUAUUCUGCUGAACAAAAUCAUCCGAAAGAAGGGGCUGUUUAUGAAACUGCUGCAAUCGUCGAGUUCCGUAUCAUUGAGUGACGAUAUCAUAAGCCCCAGCCGGCUGUUGAAAGAGUUGAUCGAACUCGAUCAGAAACUGCCGCAUUAUUUCACCUUUCCUGUAUCGCUCACCCUCAGGGAUGUGAUCAAGAUGUAUCCGUUGUCAAAAGUAGCGGCCUACAUUGAAGAUUGCAAAAUGAAGGUUAAAAUUCUGCUUCCCUUGGUUAACAAAGUUAAUUAUAUCACACUCAAGGGGACUUCUAUUCCGACCAUUGAAGAUGGAAUCCUCAAACUGUAUCCAUUGGAGAAUGACGUUCUGGUGUAUAACGAAGAGCAACAUCUCGGUGUGGUAAUGACCUAUGAAGAUUACAAAGCUUGCAAUCAUCUGCACGAUCUCGCUCUGUGUGAUACCAACCAUUUGGUGAAGAACCUGUCAUCGGCCGAGGAUUGUAUGGUGGUGACGUUUUUCAACAGAACCCAGGGAGAUUCGGAUUGUCGUGUCAGUCGCUUGAAGCUGCGUCAUCAAAUAUGGCUGCAGCUAGCCGAUCCAAACAGGUGGAUCUAUGCUGUACCGAAUAGAACCAUGGUGGAAGUUAAUUACGGACUGGGCUCCCGUCAAUAUUUGGAAUUGAGUGGCGUUGGAAUGUUGAAACUGGAGCGGAUAUGCCAUCUCAGGUCACAGGACAUUGUUAUUCAGUUCGUGCCGCAGUUGCGGGGCUCGGUCGAUGCCAGCUUUCUCGGGUUCAAGCUACCGGUGGUGGUAACCCGGGAUCAGCCGCUGCUGAUAUCGACCAGUGACGACAACAAGGUGAUCCUGGCCGGUAAGGACACGAGUUUGGCCCUGGAGGAUCGAACCCAUCCAAGUGGGAUCUACUACGAAAUGGGUGGCAUCUCACCGUGGGCCAUCAUUGGAAUUGUGUUCGGGAUCUUUAUCGGAUUGGCUCUCCUGUUCCAGGCAGUCGUUGUGCUCCGGAAAUUUGCUCAAAAACGUAACGGGCAAGAGAUCAUCGAUGACGGAUCGAUUUCUCGCAGUACCCACAACAAUUCUCAAAGGGCCUUCCUACCCUCCGAAGAUCCACCCGAAGCGUCAGCUCCUCCCUUCUACAAUUUCCAACGGUAGAGUGAAUUGUGAUUAAAACCUUAAGGUAAGAAUUCAAUAAUUUUUUUUUGCUUUUACAACAUUACGAAGUAUUUGUUGCGAUUUGAAAACAUCUCAGUGAAAUUUUUAGGUUGAUUCGUGAAUGCUUUUAGGAGUAGAUCAUCGAUUGCAAUCUGGUGUUGUAAACUUUUAAUUCGGCGUAUUCGCAUUUGAGUUUGCGGUUAAAUGAAACUGUUUAAACGAUGUUGAAACGUUUUUAAGUUUAGUAUACGUUUCAACAAAGAUAAUCAUUACACUAGGGUUUCACCAAACCGUUUUUAUUUUAACUUAUGAUAAAAUUUGUGCAUUAAAAUCUAAAAUUCAAUCAUUUAAAAUUUUUUAAAUAGGUUAAGUUUUCUAGUGUUCCUUAAACUUAUUUUUUUUUAAAUUGAAUAAGAUCCGGUAACGGUCGGCUGAGUCCUGUCAAUCGUUGUAACGGUGUUCUCUGCUUUAAGGUUUCUAAAGUUUAGAUUAAAUAUGAGUGCUUACCGGAUUAGAACAAAUUGAAAUAUCUGAACUGAUUAGAGUGGAAAAAAAACGUAAUUUUGAAGUGGAGAAAUUAUUUAUCGUGAAGCCAAAUAUUUAUACCUUCAUAAAACCUAAAUACUAUUUUAAGAAAAUUU